UGUGUGUGUAAUCACAGUAGUCAUUUCUUUAUCUUCUCGAGGCCCUCCUUUUUGAGAGAGAAUUCUCUUGUUUUUCGCUCUGAAAAGCUGUUUUUUGUUUAAAUUAUUUGUUUUCAGCUCCUGGGUUUUUUUCUGGGUUCUGCUUUGAACUUUACUCUACGUGUUCUAUGUGUUAUACUCCAUUUCUGUUCUUCGUUCCGGGUCGGGGUGUGUGUGUGAGGAGAGUGAUGUGUAUGGAAUUGUACGGAAAGAGUUGGGGAGUUGAAUUCUUUCUUGUUUCCGAUCUUUAGGAGCAUCGUCAUGGCUUUGAUUCACUGUUUUUCUUUAAUGGCAGCACUGCUCUUUAUUUGAUUGGGGAUCCCAUUCUUACAUGGAGGGGGACACAUUUUCAGGCCUUGGUAAUGGCACACAGAUGGAUGGGAAGGUGUUGCAGAGUUUCCAGAAGAGCUUUGUUCAAGUCCAGAACAUACUGGACCAGAACAGGCUGUUGAUCAAUGAGAUCAAUCAGAACCAUGAGUCCAAGAUUCCUGACAAUUUGAGCAGAAAUGUUGGUCUGAUCAGAGAGCUGAACAACAAUAUCCGAAGGGUUGUUGAUCUAUAUGCUGAUCUUUCAACUUCUUUCACCAAGUCCAUGGAUGCUUCAUCUGAGGGGGAUUCAAGUGGUGGUGCUUAUGGGAAAGCUGGCCACAAGAGGCAUAGGCCUGGAUAAUGAGGGAAAGGGGCAGGAUGGAUGGAUGAUGGAUGAUGGGCUUUUAGUUCUUCCUGUUCUUGAUUCUUUGCAUGGUGGAAAACAAGUUUGUGCCACAACAAGUAUCUCCAGCAAGGUAGUAUAAAAACAUGUAUUUUAGAUUGUGUAAUUUGUAACUCAUCAGUUCCUCCCCCCACUCCACCCCACUAGUGAAAGUUGUUCUUUAGUGCCUGAUUACUCACCUGAAAUUUCCCAUGAGGAAAAAUAAUUGUAGCUUCAAGAACUGCUGCUGCUCCUUUGUUGUAACUCUGUACCUCUGAUCUAAUUGAAUCAAGAAUCUCUCUCUCUCUCUCUU